GGACACGUCGAUGCUAGCUGAUGAGUACUCAGAACUGGAAAAGGAUCGGGAAGCGUUCACACAAGAAAACAAGUUCUCGAAGACCAAGUCGUCACCACGAACGCAGGUGAUCUUCCUAAGCUUAAGGAUCUUCCUAAGGGCGUACAAAGUGCCGGACCUGGACACGUCGAUGCUAGCCGAUGAGUACGAAGAACUGGAAAAGGAUCGGGAAGCGAUCGCACAAGAAAACAAGUUCUCGAAGGCCAAGUCGUCACCACGAACGCAGGUCACGUGCAGAAGAUGCGAGGAGACAGAUAACCAGGAGACACGGAGAAAUGACCAAUGUUCACCGCCACAACGAGUCCCGCGACAGCAGGCACCAGGAGCACCACGAGAAGGCCAAUGGAAGCAACCAAAGCAGCAACAGAUGCAACCAGCGAACACUGUGUGGAGACCGCUUAGCACAACAAAGAGGCCGCGGGGAACGACACACAUUGCAGAUCCCCAUGAGGCUUGCUAAAGGUGCGGCGGCUACGGACACUGG